UUCUUCAGUUGUUCCUCAUCUUGUGGUUCCAGUGACGAAUUUCUUUGCCCCCUCGAUCUGUAGUUAGUGAGUUCUUGUUGCUUGUAUUCUUGUAUGCAGUAGAUGGCAUCUCCAAAUAUGAGCAACGCUAGUGCAAGUGCUAGUCAUAGCAUAGGAUCUGCAGCCACAAAUACAACAGACAUCAAGGCUCCACUUUGGGAUCAUGUCACCAUUCUGGAGAAGCCUAGAACUGGUGGAGGGAAUGCUAUGUGGCGCUGCAAGUACUGUCCAAUGCAAAAACUGAGUAGUUACACUAGAGUUGAAGCUCAUUUGCUGCAGAAGGGAGGAAAGGGAAUAGGUAAAUGUCCUAAUGUUACAUAUGAAAUGCUUAGUGAAAUGAGGAAGGAAAUUCAAAGGUGCAAGAAUCUAGUGGAAAGAUCCAAGUCAAGAACUGUUUCUUUGCCUACUGCUCCUUCCUCAAGCAAUACUGACGGCAAAAAGAGAAACAAGAGAGGGCCUGUUUCUGCAUUGGAAAAGGCUUGGGCUUUGGAAGACCGUAAGCACUUGGAUGCUUUAAUCAGUAGAGCAAUUUAUUCUGGAGGGGUAUCUUUCAAUUUUCUGAGAAAUCCAUAUCUUCGAGAAGCCUUUACCUUUGCUUGCAGCCGCAACAUGCAAGGUUAUGUGAUUCCUGGUUACAACAGAGUUAGAGAGGGACUUUUGAAGCAAGAAAGGAGGCACAUAGAGACUUUGUUGGAGAGCACAAAGAGCACAUGGGCAGAGAAGGGAGUCACAAUCUGCUCUGAUGGUUGGUCUGAUCCUCAGAGGCGACCAAUCAUUAAUUUUGUUGCUGUUUCUGACAAGUCACCUAUGUUCUUGAGGGCUGAUAAUUGUGAAGGUGAUUACAAAUCCAAAGAAUACAUUGCAGAAAAGUUGAAGGGCAUAAUUGAAGAAGUAGGUCGACAUAAUGUAGUUCAAAUCAUUACAGACAAUGCUGCAAAUUGCAAAGGUGCUGGUCUCAUAAUAGAAUCUGAGUAUGAUAACAUAUUUUGGACACCAUGUGUUGUGCACACCCUCAAUCUUGCUUUGAAAAGUAUAUGUGAACCUAAAAUAGGAAACAAUCCUUCUGAUGAAGAAUUAUUUGCUUGGGGGCAACUUGAAUUUAUACAUGAUGUUAAAACUGAGGCUGCUAUGAUAAAGAAUUUCAUUAUGAAUCAUGGCAUGCGGCUUUCAAUGUUCAAUGAGUUCAGCCGUUUGAAGUUACUUUCUAUUGCUGAAACAAGAUUUGCCUCUGUUGUAUGUAUGUUGAAGCGGUUUGUUGAGGUAAAAUCAGCCCUUCAACAAAUGGUGAUUAGUGACAAAUGGAGUGUGUACAGAGAAGUCAGAGAUGAUUCUCCAACUCCAACAGCCCAAAUUGUCAAGGACUUGAUACUUAAUGAUGUAUGGUGGGACAAGGUGGACUACAUUCUUAAGAUCACUACUCCUAUAUAUGAAAUGAUUCGUUUGACAGACACCGACACACCAUGUCUUCACUUAGUUUAUGAGAUGUGGGAUUCAAUGAUAGAGAAAGUGAAGAAAGUCAUAUAUCGAUAUGAGGGAAAGCAAGAAGAUGAGCAAUCAGACUUGUACUCGGUUAUUUAUGACAUAUUGAUUGCUAGGUGGACAAAAGGAAAUAAUCCACUUCAUUGUUUAGCUCAUUCACUUAAUCCAAGAUAUUAUAGCAAAAAGUGGCUUGAAGAAGGUCCAGGCCGUGAACCACCCCACAAGGAUAAAGAGGUAUCAAAAAUGAGGAUGGUUUGCUUCAAGAAGUUCUUUCCCAUGUCAGAUGAAUUGGCUAAAGUAAAAGAAGAGUACUCAAGGUUCUCUAGUUGUUCAGAAGAAUUUAAUGAUCCUGAUUCAAUCCAUGAUAGAUGGGCUGUUUCCCCUAUGACUUGGUGGACAAAUCAUGGACAGUCUGCUCCCCAAUUGAUGAGUUUGGCCAUGAAAUUGCUUAGCCAGCCAGCGUCAUCUUCUUGCUGUGAAAGAAACUGGAGCACCUAUAGCUUUGUCCAUAGUGUCAAGAGAAAUGCCUUAACUCCAGAGCGUGCUGAAGAUUUGGUCUUUGUGCACUCAAAUCUGAGACAUCUAUCAAGAAGAACUGAUGCAUACAAGACAGGAGAAACAAGGAUGUGGGAUGUAGGAGGGGAUUCUUUUGAUUCACUUGGUGGUGUUGGCAUUCUAGAAGUGGCUGAUAUGUCCCUUGAUGAACCUGAACUGCAAGCGGUGUCUUUUGGUCUGGAUGAGCCAUCGGUUGAUAUUGUGGAUGACAAUGACAAUGAAACAAAUGAGGAAUAGCCAAAUAGGAAUCUG